AUGGCGGAGUCGGGGACGUUGCCGCGCGGACGCGGUCUCCGCUCCGUCUCGGCGGGGAUGAAGCCGCGUCGCCUCAUCCCCACCGCGCAGCGCCGCUCCUCCACUGCGAGCGGCGCGGAGGCAGGCGAGGCCGGGGACGCUCACGCGGAGGUGAUGACGCUGCGGCUGCUGCUGCAGGAGCGCACGGAGCAGGUGGAGCGGCUCCAGGCGCUUGUGAGUGAAAAACGAGUGCUCCAGCGACACGAUGAGGCCCUUGCAGAGCGUCUGCGGCAGUACGAGGAGCAGCUGGCGCAGCUGGAGGUUGCAGUGCGGGGAGGCACCCCCACGGCAAGGCAGCAGACGUUGUUGGCGAGGGGGGAGAAGGGCUCCGCGGUAGAAUCAGCCGACAGGCGGCCGCCGCCCUCCAUGCGUGAAAUCAUGGAUAGCGUCUAUCAGUUGCGGUACGAGAAGCAUCGCCUGGAGGGGGCGCUGGCGGAGAAGGAGCGACAGCUGGGCGCUGUCCGUGCGGAACUGCAGCAUGCGCAGCAGUUCGACAACGUCCAAGAACUGCUGCCGCUAACCGAAGUGGCUGGGACGAACGCCCGCUGUGCUGCCCCACCCACGCAGGCCCCGGCGGUGAAGAGGAGGAGGAGGAGGAGGCUGCGGUUUCCCUUGAGCGCCAACUGGCGGAGGUGCGGGAGAAAUUUUCCCGCGCGGAGAGAAAACUUGAGGCGUACCAGAAGGAGCACGCCACGAUGCGGCAGGUGCUCCGCGAGCGGGAAAAAGAGGUUUUAG